AUGAGAGUCAACGUCUCGGUAAUUCUCUGCGCCUUCGUAGGCUUGACCACAGCCAAUCCCCUCGACUGGCUCGGUCUCGCCUCUUGGGAAGUCGAAGGCUUCGCCAAAGACAACCCACUCGGCAAGACCACAGGAGGCAAAGGAGGCCCAACUGUAACGGUCUCCAGCGUUCCUGAGCUCCAGACCGCGGUGGCUGGCAGUGAUCCCAAGAUCGUGGUCCUCAAGGGCGAGUUCGUUUUGCCUGCACGCCUCAAUGUCGGAUCCAACAAGAGCUUGGUUGGCUACAAGAACACAGCACACAUUACCGGCAAGGGCGUCAAUGUCUACAAUGCGACCAAUGUCAUCUUGCAGAAUCUGAAGAUCAGUCAUAUCUUGGACAAUGACUGCAUCACGAUCCGGAACUCUACCAGGGUCUGGGUGGACCACAACGAAUUCACCUCAGAUAUCACCAAAGGCCCAGACUUCUAUGACGGCCAGGUUGACAUCAUCCGUGCUUCAGACUGGAUCACUGUCUCCUGGAACUACUUCCAUGACCACUGGAAAUCAUCCCUCAUCGGCAACGAUGCGACAUUCCGCGACCUAGACUUUGGCCAUCUUCACGUUACCUACCACCACAAUUACUGGAAAAACGAAGGCACUCGCGGGCCCGCCGGUCGCUUCGGGCACCAGCAUAUCUACAAUAACCUCUACGAAGACUUCCUCUACCAGGCAAUCCACUCUCGCUCCGACAACCAGGUUCUCGUCGAGGGUAAUGUCUUCCGUGGAAACACGCGUGAGGCGCUCAGCACAUAUGGUCUCGUCAUCCCCGAUGAUUCGCCGAAUACCUGUGUCUGUGGUGAUGAGGAAUUGGACGGCUUUGCUAAUCUUGGUGCUCCCAACGACUGGGGAAAAGCUGGUGUCAAUAUCACCCAAAAGGGCGACUUUUACAAGGCGCCCUACAAGUUCAAGCUCACUCCUUUGCCUUUGGUAGCACCUAUCGUCAGACUUGGCGUAGGAAUUGGCCGGAUCUGA